UCCGCAGAGUCCUCAAAAUUAUCCCCCCUGGUCGACGUGACGUACAAGCAACUCCAUCUUCUCGUCUCUGGAUAUGAAGGAGGUGCCACCGAAGAGAGCUUAGAGGAGAUGCUCAAACCUCGUCUCGAGGGCUUCAAGGACUUCCAGAAUACCUUCGGACGCCCGAAUACAGUCUCGCGCAAGUCAUUUGACAGUGGCACCGUGACCCUUCGCGAUGGGAGCGCUAUGAGUGUUCCUCCAGACCUCAAGGAUGUUGCUCUAAGCAUUAGCAAAAAGUUCGACAUAGACGAAGUGGAGGCGUUAGUUCUGCUCCGCUCAUUCAUCUACAACGUUGGACUACCUGACCUGAAACCCGGAGGCUCGCUGGUAGAAGAUAUCAUUGAAGGCUUCGCCCCGUUCUACUACGCAGAACGGCGCUGCUUGUUCCGCAUCCUCGUCACUCUCCUCCGCGCGAACGAAAGCAACGUCCUCUUUUUCCACGACCCCUCUACGCGACUCCUCCCCGAAAUCAUCUCCCAACCAACAGCGUUCGUCCUGGGCGUCCUUUCAGAGAUCAAACAGCGCAUCCACUCGUCGCCACCCGACGACAUCUCAGGCGACCCACGUAUGUCUUCGGCGUGGGCAAAAGAGCUUGUCAGAGAUCAUUUAGUAUUUCUGGAGCUUUUGUUUUGGUUGAUGUGGAGCUAUGUUCCUCGCGAAGGAGAAGUGGUACUCCAAAUCUUCAGUAUAGGGUACGGCACCAACCUCGGAUCGGCACAACAGAACGGUUCGCUACUUCUCGACGAAGAAGGUACCAGGUUGCAGCAGGAUUGCGCAGGUCUUUGGACUCUUCUCAUGAUCUCUAUUUUAGAGCUCGAGGCUAUCGCUGUCGACGGAACCGUUGAAGUCUCAGAUAACCCCUCCGACGAGCAUGUGUACUUCUCUUCGCCCGCAUCACUUCGAAAGAUACAUGAAUUAGUUGUCUCUAACGAAGAUACUUAUUUUGCUCCCAUCUACGCAUCAUGGGUCCUCGUACUAUGGCGACUUGAGACGACAGUUGCAUUGCAGGAAUGCCCAUCCUCAUAUCGUCCUUUCUUCGAAUCCCUCGACCCCCACCCGGCACGCCCAUAUUUCACACAUCGAGAGCCUGUCUACAAAUCAAUGUUGGAGCGAUGUUUAGAUCCAGAAGUCGGACUGUUCAACCUCCUUUUAGCCUUUUUGACGACCACUCCACUGUUUUCGACGUCUAUCGCAUGGCAAUCCAACUCGGCCAUCACAGACCCAAACUCUGUGGCAUACCGAUCCGUGAUGAAAGGAUUGGUGACUGGGCUUCUGGAUGUAGUCCCUUUAGAGCUAAUACCGGGAUUUGAGACGAUCAUAGAAGUGUGGGUCGCUCUCUUCGCUCGAGGCGAAGUUGAUUCAGUCGUCUUCAUCUGCCAACAAUAUUGGCAGUCUGAUUAUGCUAUCCGCCUCUCACGACGGGCCAUCCUUGACGUUGCACGAUCACGCUUCCCUAUUCAGAUUCAGCCACUCGUCCGGCUUCUGCGAUCUCUGACUGGGUAUGGUUUCAUGAGCACCGAUCCUCUCAACGUGGACUCAGAUCGAUCAGGAGACACUGGACGGUUUGCAGAGACCUACAGUCCGAUACGCAUGAUCUGUGCGCAGCACGUGUCUGUUUUCUUGGACACGAUACCCACAUACACCCAGAUGAUGCCCGCUAGCGCAUGUGUGGGUCCACACGCCUUGUACGAGAAAGUCCCAGAGCGAUAUGGUUCCUCGACAUCUACUGGCCCGACAUAUAUCAACCUGCGCCCUCUCAAAUUGCCUGGCGGUAGUAUCUUGCCCCCCAAAACUGUAGGGCGCUUGUUGAGUCAGGAUGGCGGAGAAUAUAUGAUUGUGGCUUGGCAGCACGAGCAUUCAGGCUGGAAACUUCUCAAGGAGGUGCUGGUAGCGUACACGCAACGUGCACGACUAUUGCCAGUGGCCACGACCUCAUAUUCAUCCUUCCACGCCACAUCACACCGCGCAGGACAACAGCCGCCCACUGUACUCACGUUGCAAGCCAUCGGGGUCGACAUCAGUCCAGAAACCGACAUGAGCACCAUCACCAACAUCCUUGACCUAUUCCGCAGUGUCAUUCAAGAGGAUGCCAACUUGACCAGUCAGAUUUUGGACGCGAUCAAUGGUGAUGCUGAGUCGCCUAAUCUUGUCCAGCUGGUUAUGCUUGUUCUCGAAGAUGCAUUGGCACGCUCUGUUGCACAGUCUCGUACAACGGAACAAAUGGAUCUCAUCGCAUCUGCUCUAGGCUUGGUGUCAUCACUUAUGGUGCUGCCUACGUGUGCAGACGAUAUUUGGCUGUUUGUGCGUUCAUCGAGUGCCAUAUUCGAUACUAAUCGACGUGGCGGCGGUUCUUCUGCUGUUCUUGCUGCCGAGCGCUCGUCCGGCUCCUAUUCGAUCACCAAGGAACUGCUUCGUUUCGUGAAGGCGAUGUUUGCCGACGUGUCUUCCUCGGUCUUAUUGUCGACUCCUGGGGCGCGAAGAGCGCAGUUGAAGGAAGAGGUGCUGAUGCGUGCACUGCGCUUCGUGCAUACCGAGAUCUGGCUUGAGCAUGUCGGUUGGAAGUACGCCCAGCUCGGCAACAGAUUCGCAGUCGGAAGGAUGGUGUCGUCACUUUAUGGCGAUAUUCUCGACCAGAUCCCUCCGAGUGGACCAGAGGGACCCUUGAUGUCGAUCAGCCAUGCGAUUUUCGAAGCGCUAGUCCUGAAAGCCACCACGUCGAGUAUCAACCCCCUCAUCUCUGCUAUCGCCACUUCAGGAGCCAUCUUGCGCCAUAUAACCGCCUCCGCUCGUCACGGGGAUACGACAGGUCUCUAUCUUGUCCUACAAUCACAUAUUCGGGUGAUUCGACUCUGUCUGACGUACAAACAAAGGUUGUAUACGAAUGCUGGGCCUUGCUUGUUGGAGCAGGCACUGUGUUCCCGUGCUGGGGGCGGCGGGGUGGUCAACGUCAGCCGGUCCAAGGCUGACCCUCUUGAUGUCCUGGCUACGUUCGUUGUCGACCCAGAUCCUGCUUCCCAGGUAGCUCUCGAAGCCGCUCGGCUUUUGUACGCUCUCUGUUCGUCCCUAUCCGCAUCCUCCUCCUCGCCGACCAUUGUUGGCCACCUCUCUGAUCCGGAGACCACCAUCUCGUCUUUUGUCCGUGUCGUGCGGGAUCCUUACCGCAGCCUCGAAGUUCGGCUUGCCGUCUGGCGGUUCAUGACUUUGGCAGUCGAAAAAGAGCCUGCGUUGGGUAACCUGUUCGUCACUGGCCGUUUCCAGAUCUCAGAUCUCAAGUUCAAAGGAGAUCUCAAAACUGAUACACCGGAGAAGAAAAGGUUCAGCGCUUUACAAGCUGCGCGAGAGGGGCUCAACACUGGAGAAGAACUAUGGGAUGUCAAUCCCGCGGUUUUGUCUAGCAUCCUUGCAUUCUUAGCUGCUAUAUGGACUCGUGGGUUGGAACACAAGGUUGUCCUGAAGACCACCCGUGAAAGCGCGGAAUUCUGGCAACAGCUAGCGGAAAUUGUGCGGAGGGAUGUGCCACCAGUACCGGAAUACCGGAGCUAUGGAUCUGCCCUAGACGAGGGUCUCGCGCGCUCGGCUCUUCAUGAUGCCGUAUUCACCCACUCCCAUCGUGUCCUUGCGAAAGCCCAUGCAAUUCGCAUCAUAGCUUUGGAUGUCAACAUGGACCUUCCAUCACAGAAUACACAAGCUCCGCCCAGCCCGCAGAGUUACCAGUCGAUUGCAGGUAUAUUCAAACAGGAGGAACAACUCGCCAAUCAUCUUCAGGAGGCGACCAUGAACUCGUACGAUCCAAGUCUCUACGACGGCUUUGAAGUCAAGGCGAAAGAAUAUUUCCCAUGUCUGUCGCUAGCGCAGUUGGAAUCCCGCUCGCUCCUUGGAGAACGCGAGCUGGGAGAAGACUUCGCCUUUGCCUCGGUCGUUCUUCAAGCCCGAAUAGGCCCUAUCGAGAGGAACUACGAAGAGGCAGUCGCAGGAAGAGUGGAGGGUACCUUGCAUGAUCUGCUCUCGAUAAAUUUGAACCUCUCCCUCGCGCAUGUGCAGACCGAGUUGGGUGAGUCGUGGCAAUUCUUACUGCAGAAGGUGGCGCCAUUCUUGAAGGGAAAUGCUGGUCUCCGUCCGACGAUCCUUUCCUUGGCUGCCACGGUCUCGAAAACUAUAGCUGUGGAGAAGCGGCCUGGCAAUCUCAUGUCCAAGAUCCACGGGGUGCGCCUGUCACUGCUACUGGCCUUGGUUGAAUUGGCCUGGUUCUCUGCCACCGAGUCUGAAAAGGAGGUCCAGUCCUUGAUGCAGCUAGUGAACCAUGUGCACGAAAUCGUUGUAAAUGAGCCACAGUCUCCAGUCAAAUCCGUCCGCGGCGCCGUCACUACACCAUUCCACCGUACACUCCUCCAGAUCAUCUAUUUCUGCGCAAAGCAAUGCAGGAAUCUUGCGGUACGUCCGAAGGUACUUAAUGCGGACCGUCGACUGUGCAUCGCAUCGAUGAUAGAUUCCACCAUGAUCUUCGUGAUCGACUCCUUACGCUUCGUCUUCCAUGCGGCACAGAGUCGACUCGACGUUGAUCUGGAUUUGGAUAUGGAGUUACUGGUGGUUGUAUUUGAGCAGUGCACGCGGAACGAUAUCAACCCGUCCACGACGCAUUGGCUGACGCGCUGCCAGGAAACAGACGUGAUUCGUGCCAGCCUUGCUCUUUAUACACAAAUCGACUUGACGGGACUGUCUAGCUUGUCCCUCAUCAGCGCCAGGAAGCAGCCUUUGUAUGCGCCUCACGUUCUCAUGUUCCACGUCGCCUUUGCUAGCCUGCAGACUCCUGCGGAGCGAUUGGCGAGCGAUGGGCUGUUGGUCGCCUACACCAAUAACAGCAUCAGCUCAGCCAUCAGCUCUGGCCGAGUGGACGUCUCUCUUCCGGAACUGCCUGGCGAACGGAAUCCUGCACAUCAGGCAUACUGUGCCAUGCUCUCGGUCGUCUCUGGCAUCAUCACUGCUCUAGGGAUGCAAAAGCAUUUCUUCGACGCUGAGGCCAGUGGCUUUGUGCAGCUAUAUGGAAACCAGAUAGCACGGGCGUUGUCGUGGACCAUCGCUGACCCCCUUUCGUUACCUUUCGUUGAGGAAAUGGAGCGUGUCAUUGGCCUCUUCUAUGCCAUUGCGACCACACUACCUUCGUCGACCAACAGAAGGGCAUCAACCGAGAAAAUAUUGUCGGCCUUCAGUUCAAAUGUUCUGCUCCUGUUACAGCAGCUCAAUUAUGCCCUGACACAUCCCAAUCAACUCGCUAGCUUGCUCGAACCUGUCACCGCUGAAGAACGGGCGCAACUAGACAGAGAUAGCCACGAGACUUCGAUGGCUUUCUCUGAGAUAGUCGAUCCGGUUAGGAAACCCUUUCUGGCUCAACUAGUUCACAGGCUGUUCAAGCUCACCAGCAACAUUGUUUGUACCUUGAUUGCAAUCAGCGAGUCGGACAUGGUCCUGAGAGGUGAGACUGAAGAUAUGCCCACUCGUAUAGCCUUGGUGGUUCCGCAUUCUAAGGUGGUUCUCGGAGAACCCGCUUCUAUGGGGACGCUACUUGAACUUGGGAACUACACUCUCGAUGUCCUUGGUCAUUUGGCUACAAGACCAGCGGGCCAGUCCCUCAUGCCUUUGUCGACACCUGGCGAGCAUCCUCUGGAUGUGGGCGAGGCAGUUCGUACAACGCGCCGCAACCUUGACGUGGUACUCUUCUACGCGACAACGCAGCUCGGUGCAUGGUUAGCCAAACCUGAGCUGUUCGAGGGCGGUGGUGGUGCGGCCGGUGCAGGGGAUGCCGAGAUGGAGGACGCCGGAGAUGGACGCAUGCGGAGAGAGUCGUCAGGUCUCGCGGAGAGAUUGAGGAGGGGUAUGACGGGUGAGAUGGCGGGGGAGUUGAAGGCUCUGAUGGAGAAGGCGAAAGGAGUGAUGGAAAAACCCGCUCAGGUGGACAAUGGCACAGUCUCAGAGGUGGACAUGAUCAAGCUAUUGAUCAAAUUUCUGAAUGAUAAAGUGAUUGGUCGAACGUGAAAAAGUAUCUAGUUUGGAUUAAGUCGUGUGUCAGGAUGUGUAUUUGUACUGUAGUUCUUCUUGAUUUGCAUUCG